AUGAGCGGUAGGGACUUCCAAGCUACAGCUACACAGCUACUGCAUCGCCAAUCAAGCUCGCAGCAUCUUCGACAGUAUGCGUUUGCAGCUACUAUAGCGAAUCGAUUCUUCUCUGAUAACUCCCUUGAUCGGCAAAGGCGAGUGGUGGAAUGUGCGAGGAGGAGACAAGCUCGUGCUCGAGACCGAGCACUACAGCAGGCUUACCGAGUAGAGCAAAUGGAGAAUGAACUUGCAGAAGCUGAACGUGUGAGGAUAUUGAAAGAGGAGCGUGAAGCUUCGCGCAUGGAGCGGAAGCUUCAGCAUGUUGCAGCUGCCUACAUUCAGUACAUUUGGAGACGCUAUUGCCAGCUUAAGAGCGAGGCACUAUACCGGAGGAAUCGAGCUGAACGACUACUUGUAGAUUAUCUAUCGUAUCGAUCCUUACGAAGAAAAACUGUGCGACGUCAGGCUUCGUUUCGAAUCCAACGACGGUGGCGUGAACACUGGGUGGAAAAGAGGACAAAGCUUGGUCUUGCUGUCUUGACCUCAUUCUUGAUCCCUUUCAUCCGCAAGCGAAGAGCUCGACGUUUACAGAAUGCAGUCAAACUUCAGCGUUGGUAUCACCGGCAGUACUCUGGAAGACGCGAGCAAUCAGCGCGUAUUAUUCAACGAGCAUGGCGGAUAUCCGUCUCGAAAGCCAAGAUCAAGUAUUAUUCGAGAGCAUAUCGCCACCUGAUGCAUUUAAAACGUCUUGAACGCUCUGCUCGAAUAGUCCAACGAACUCUAGGAAAGCGCGUCAUACAACGUCAACUGGUGGAUCUUCCUGAUUUCGAAGAAUAUCCAAGUAUCAUGGCAGCUACGUGGCCACCGCUGCGUUCUGCUGAAGAACGGGCUCAAGAGUUCUGGCGACAGGAGAAACAGUCACUCCAGUACGCACUAGCAGAACACACGCAACUGGAGAAGGAAGAAAUAACGCUGCAGUCCGAGAUUGAGAGUCUUCAGCAGCGCUUAGCAGACGCCAAGACUCGUCAGAGCGAAGAAAGCGAGCGAUUACGUCGCCACCCAACUAUAGAGGAGCAUCGACGACUGAAAGACGAAGAAACCAAGCAAAAGCGUCUGCAAGAGGUGGAAGAAACUAUGCGACGAUCGAUUCGACUGGAGCUGGAGCGGGAGCUGGAGACGGCACGUCGGCUCAUGUUGCGCAGCAAGAGACACAACCACUUCAAUGUAGCCAUAUCUGAUGAUGAGCGUUUGGAGCUCGUUUAAGUACGAAU